CUUUAAUGACGUGUUCGCUCAGGUUGCACGCUGCUGACGUGUUUGUAGGGAAGUAGCAAGCUGGCUACCUAGCUAGCAACUUGAGCGUUAUUUUCAUUAGAUGUGUGCAGCCAGUGACAGCUCAUCAUGGGAAUAAUAGCCAACAAAUUGAAAUAAUUGUCGUCAGGAGAGAAAUCGGAGCAGAGUACACAGACAAGGAAUUUGCCGUGAAGUGGAUUGAUUCCUUCAAGGGCCAUGGGCAAAUGGAGGAUGCCAGACCUGUAUAGGGCCCCCUUCCCCCUCUACACAAUCAAAGUCGACCCCAAAACAGGAUGGGUGAUCACUGCGGGGGGAGGUGCUUCCAAGACGGGCAUAAAGAAUGCAGUGCACUUCCUGGGUUUGGAGUUGGUAGGAGACCAGCACUGUGCCACCCUGGUGCACUCUCAUGACACAGACACGCGUGCUACCAUGAACCUGGCAAUAGGCGGGGAUGUGAUCGCCGCAGGGCAGGACGGCAGAUGCAGCCUCAUGCGCUUCAGACAACGCCAGACCAGGGGCAAGACCGCAGCCAAGGACGCAGGGGGUGGCAGUGAGCAGGGUGCUGCUAGGAGACGAGCUGGGAAAGGGGGUAAGAGUAGUGAGGGAGCUGCUGCUGCUAGGGGCAAUGUGUCCGAGAUGAAGGAUAACACCGCCCAGAUCUCUGUUGACACGUUUGGGGAGGUGCAGUCGGAUCUCAACCCCCAGGACCCCCUCCAGAAGUGUGUGAGGUUCAGUCCCGAUCUCAGCCUCCUACUGACUGGCGGAACAGACGGACACAUCAGAGUGUGGGAAUACCCAUCCUUAAAAGAGAAGUUGGACUUCAAAGCCCAUGAGGGGGAAAUUGAAGACUUGGACAUUAGUCCGAAUAACAAGCACCUUGUGACGGUGGGCCGGGACUUUGCCUGCAGUAUAUGGAGUGGCAACCAGCUGGCCAUGGGCCUCUGUUGGCAUGAGAAGAUGCCUAAGAUAGCAGCAAAGUCAUACCGCUAUAUGGCUUGCAGGUUUGGAAAAGUCGAGGACCAGAAAGACACCCUGAGGCUCUACACCGUCCAGAUCCCCCACAAACGAGACAGAAAACCUCCACAAUGCUACCUCUCUAAAUGGGACGGCCAGAACUUCCUACCCAUGCUGACGAACCCCUGCGGCACUGAGGUCAUCUCCACCCUGGCUGUCAGUGACUCUGGAACCUUUCUUGGCCUUGGGACAGUGACGGGAUCAGUAGCAAUCUAUAUCGCCUUUUCACUACAGAAGUUGUACUAUAUGCAGGAGUCCCACGGCAUUGUGGUGACCGAUCUGGCCUUCCUGCCUGACACUCCCAAAGGCCAGAGCCUCAAAGGGAACAAUGAGGCAGCCAUGUUGAGUGUGGCUGUGGACUGCCGCUGUCAGAUGCACACUGUACGCAACCGAAGAUCCUUCCCUAUCUGGCUGGUGCUGUUCUUCUGUGGCCUCAUGGUGGUGGGUGCUGUCCUGCUCCUGCAGCACCUCUUCCCAGGAUUCAUUUAGACAUUGACAGGGAGUUAAGGAGAAGGAAAGAAUCAGACUGCCCUUACAACCACUACUAGCCCUACAAUCUUCAACAACAACCUCCGAGGAACCCACCCGGACACCACUCAAUCCUGGAACACGCAUCGAUCUCCUACCUAUAGCCAUCGUACCACACUUAACCAAACCGUGGAACAUUUUAACCACACUUGCCCAACCCUGGACUACAUCUACUAUAGCCAUUUACUCCCUCUUAACCCAACAAGAUUCCCUGCAUCAAUUACUAUACCCAUAACCAAUAUUUGUAUCCCCCAUCCUUCCCUGUCACCCCCUGUCCUGAUUCAGGACUACCCCUUCCACCCCCAAUUCUGUGAGACACAAGAUUUAUUUUCUUUUUUUUCUUGAUCUGUAUCAAUCUUCUUUUUGCUUUUAUACCAUGGUAGGGAGUUAAGGGCUCAACUUCAGAUCUAUAUCAUCAUGAAUGUGCAAGGGGUUGGGCCUUUGUUAUCAUAGCUAUUUAAGAAAUAAUUUAAAAUUAUAAAUAUACUUAAAUCAUU